AUGUAGCGAUCCGAUUAGGGAUAUCCCUGCGCUCCUUCCUUGGUACCGCCAUACCGGAAGUGUUCUGGGACGCGCAUCCAUUAAUACCGUCCCGCAUUUGUGCUUCAGGCAUAGCUUCAUGAGCCCGCACCUUGCCUGGCUGGCUGGGAAGGACAUAUAAUGUGCAACGUUUGUUAAAUAUUUUGAGUGUAUCUAUCGGUGCUGCCUUCAUUCUGGGGUUCCACUGUGACUUCCGGUAUCACCCCAAUAGGGGUGGGAGUUAUAAAUAAAUCUCAACUUGAGGGUAGUGAGUUGGACAUUGAUGUAGUAAGCAGGAAAAUAUAAGGGUGAAAUCACUUAGAAUAUUGGUGGAAUUCACAGACCCUGAGAAAGGAGAGCUGAGCCAGGCACAGGAUAAGGUAUCUGAAUCUCUCUCUGUGUGGAAAAACCUCUUUGCUGCAUCUGCUCCACCAUCUGAACCUAAUACUUAAACUAUGUCAGUACCUGAAAGUGGGGACAUGCCCCCUGAGAUCUUAAGCAGCAUUGUUGAUGAAACUCGCCCAGAACCUGGCGAUGAAACACUCAGCGACUCAGAUCCUGAACUACUGGAUGAAGCUGUGGUAGCUUCCAUUAGUUGCGGAGAAGAGGAGGAGGAAGAUGAUGAUAUUCAACAGGAUGCUGAAGGAAAGCAGCCAGUUAUACCAUUUACCCUGAAAGGCACUGAUGCCAGCUUCUCUCAGCGCAGCCUAGGCAUCUUUGGGGGCUUAAACAGUACUACAAAGCCCCCUCAUCAGAUCACCACAUCAAAUAAAACCUUGAAACUGCCCGAUUCACCUGAGAGAGAUAGCAUUGUCGGUGGCAUAGAGUCUUCAUCUUUAAAUGCAAGCAAAACAGAUGCUAGCUCACCUUCAGGAAGCACUCGGAAAAGGCCCGCAAAACGUCUUCCUGAUUAUUUGACGCACCCAGAGCGCUGGACAAAGUACAGCCUAGAGGACAUUCCAGACACCACUGAUCAUACCAAUCGCAACACAGCUUUGAACUUCUUGGCAGAGCUGCAGCAACGAAGAGAAAGCAACAAGUCGCUUGGUGGGGCCAGUUCUCGAUCCUACAACCAAGACUCUUCCAGCACUGGGGAAGGCAAGAUUCUCUUCACUAGAACCCAAAAAGGUGUUCAGGGGAGCAGUGUGAAGAUUGACCAACCCCAAUGCCAAAUACAGAGUUCAGAGCCAUGGAAGGAGGAAGAGGAAGAAGAGCAUGAAGGGCUGGGGGAGAGUAAAGAGACUACAGCAAUUGGGUUUCAUGGAGUUAAAAAGCGUAGCCGAAAGAAUAUCAGAAGCAAGGCUGAGCCAAUUGGGGAAGAAGAUUCUUCAUGAACUGAAAUUAAAUUCCAUCAUGCCCCUAUUGGGAAAAAGAACUGCUUAGUGCCCCCGACGUGUGCAGCUACAGAUCCGUAUCAUUACAUGUGGACAACUAAAAAAAGUUAACAUUUCAUGAAAUGUUAAAUGUGGUUAAAGGAAUUAAACCGAGUUUGUACUUUUAUCUUUUGGAGUUAUAUUAAGGAGGAGUUAGGUUUGUUGUUAAACCUUUGAGGGGAAAAAACCUGUGCCCUGGGAAAGUAAAAACUUAACUAUGGCAGAACUUCAACUAACUAAACAUUUUUUUUGCCAGCACAUAUAAUAAGUUAAACAGUAUAUAUUCAUAUAACGGUCUGUAUGCCUGCAAAUACCCAGGUCAUAAAGUUUUUUUUUUUUAUUGCAGUUUGAAAGAACAAAAAUGGCCACCAUCAUAAAAAAAAGAUGGCUACAAGCACCAAGAUGCUUGUGCCUUUGAUUGUCAUUUGAAUAGUAAGUCCUUUUUGCCUUUGUAUACAAUAGAAUAUCCUCUCCCUGCUUGUAAAGGGUUUGUGGAGAGCACUAAAUCAAAAAUGUUUUCUUAUUUGAAGUUUUAGGCAAAUGGAACAUAUUUCUAAUGCUUUAUCAUUUGUAUUUUAAUUUUUUGUACUGUAAUGAUUCAGAGUUCCUUGUACCAC